CCCUGUUGCAAGAUGGCUGCCGCCCGCCGCCGCCGUGCGCGGUCAGGUGGUGCGGGGCGCGGCCACUCCUCCUGCCCCUUCCCCACAAGGCAGGCGGCGAGCGAAGCGGCGGCCGCUACGCGCACCGGGUCCGCGCUGGAGGCCCGGCGGGUGGGCAGGAGCCGCUCCUCCUCCCGGCCUGAGCUGGUGCUUCCCUGAGGAGAAGCGGGGAGAAGACAUGAAACCGCCUCUGAGGGACGGCGAAGCACGGUGAGGGUUCCUGCAAGAAGCUUGUCCCCUCUCGGCGGCCGUAAGCCGCUCCAGCCCCUCCCCCCCCUUCGGGGCGGGGUUCCUGCCGUUCCCGCCUAAAUCUCGGGGGGGCGGGGCCUGGCGGGGCCUGGCGGGGGGGGGGGAACUUCGGCCUGUUCGCCCUGUCGAGGCCUGGCGGCCAUGAAGCUGUUGCGCCUGCUGUGCCGCCACAAGACGGCCCUGGGCCUGGGUGGCCUCUCGCUCUUUGCCGUGGUCCUGCUUUACCUCGCCAAGUGCACCUCCGAGGGCCUCCGGCCUCUGCCAGCCCCCCGUGGGCUCCCGCACAACCAGCCUGCGGUCCUGCCGCCGCGGGGUGCCAGGGGGCCACAGCCACCACCGGCCCCGCCGCCCUCCCCUGAGGAGACCGCCUUCGUGGCCGUGCUCAUCACGAGCGGCCCCAAGUACAGCGAGCGGCGCAGCAUUAUCCGCAGCACGUGGCUCUCAGCUGCCGGCCGCCCCCCUCACGAUGACAUCUGGAGCCGCUUUGUCAUAGGCACGGGUGGGCUGGGGGCUGAGGAGCUGCGUAGCCUGGAGCUGGAGCAGAGCCGGCACAGAGACCUUCUCCUCCUGCCAGAGCUGCGGGAUUCCUAUGAGAACUUGACUGCUAAAGUCCUGGCCACCUACGUCUGGCUGGAUCAACACCUGGACUUCCAGUUUGCCCUGAAGGCUGACGAUGACACCUUUGUACGCUUGGAUGUGCUUGUGGAAGAGCUGAGAGCCAAGGAGCCACGUCGCCUCUACUGGGGCUUCUUUUCUGGCCGUGGUCGAGUGAAAUCUGGUGGCAAAUGGAAAGAGAGCGCCUGGGUGCUCUGUGACUACUACCUACCGUAUGCUCUGGGCGGUGGUUAUGUGAUUUCAGCAGAUCUGGUGCACUAUUUGCGUCUUAGCAGAGACUACCUGAACAUGUGGCAGAGUGAAGACGUCUCCCUGGGGGUAUGGCUGGCUCCCAUUGAUGUGAAGAGAGUGCACGACCCUCGUUUUGACACUGAGUAUAAGUCACGAGGUUGCAACAAUAAGUACAUAGUAACUCAUAAGCAAAGCAUCGAGGACAUGCUGGAAAAGCACCAGACCCUGGCUAAGGAAGGAAAGCUCUGUAAGGAGGAGGUUAAGCUCAGGCUUUCCUACAUGUAUGACUGGGGAGUGCCUCCUUCACAGUGUUGCCAAAGGAAGGAUGGCAUCCCGUGAAAGUCUGAGGAAGGAAAAGGCUGAAUGUUGACAGACUCUCUGAGCUUGGUUACUGUUACUUGGGGAGAAUCCUGGUAACUAGGGCUUAAAAAGUACUCAAAAAGAUGUUGCACGAUUCAUUAUGUCACGAUUAGUGAAAUCCUGAAACUCCUAAGAGCUACUGAUGUGGCAUGAUGUAAAGAUGUUAAAAAAAAAAAUAGAUGACAAAAAGCAUGGAAAGGCUCAUAUGACAGGAUUGAAGGCAAAUAAUGGGUUGCAAAAUAUGGAUAGUAUAAAAAAUUGGGGAAGGUAACUUGAACGAAAUGUUGCUGGAAGAUUUUUAACAGAUUCUAAGAAUUAUUUGCUACAGAUCAUGACAGGCCUUUAUGCUAUCUAUAAGAUUGUGAAACUAGCAUCUGCUGUUUAUUUCUUGGCAAGGAAGAUGUGUCAGUUUGGCAAGAUUUGAAGAUUCUAAUAGGGCCGCAAAUCAGCUGCUGUUGCCAGUGGGAACAGGUGGCUGGGUAUUGACACAAGCAGUCAAGUAAAGGGAACAAUUUUACCUAGGAUAUUUGCAUUAGGGGAGGGAGAGGUCUGGUCUUUGGCAAGUGCUUCGAUUUACAAGAAUGGAAUUAUUAGACCUUCUGUGUAACUUGUCUCUUAAGCUUUUUGUUGUUUUAAAGACAUCAUGUACAUAAAUUAUCUGGCAGCUACAGAGUAAGUAUAUAUUUAGAAAGAUGGGUUAGUUAUGGUAUUUUGCAGAUGCGGAAUACAUUAUCUUAUUUGGGGGGCAAGUAGUUAUGCUACAAAGCUAACCUUCAGUUGUUAGGCGUAGGUGUUGUUCUUGGCUUAUCCUCCAAACACACUGUGCAUGAAGAAACAUUAUCCCCGCCCCCCCCCCCCCCAACAGUAAGUAAUCUCGCUGACUACUACUCAGAUGUUGUGGGUUUCAGAUUUAUAUUGUUCAGGACUACUUCUGUAAAAUGUAAAUUAGCAGGAUUAGGUCAGUGGAAGCUAUUCAGAGGUCAAAUGAGAUUGUACUAAUGUGGGUACCUCAGCUAAGAAAGUAAACUCUGUAUGCAGUCAAGAGAAAUAGGUUCCCCCAGCCCCCAAAUUCCUGUUUGAGGAGAACCGUGUCUCUUUUCAGGAGAUACAUUGCAAUCUAAGGAGACUAGUUCCCCAACAGUCACAUUUAUAUGCCUAAAGCUAGACUAUGUGAAUUCCCUCCUUCUCUCCAAUAGCACCUUUUAGUGCAACUAAAAAUAAUUUUACAGGAGGUUUAAAUUAAUUGCUCAAGUAAUAUGUCAGUAAAUGGGAUUAUGUCCCUUAGUCCUGUCUACACUGAAAAUAAUUCUAGUACUGACAAAGCUUGUCAGCAUCAUGUGCAGUAUUGAACAGUAAAUGCAGACAGGACAUUCUUGACUGUAGAACAGAUCACUUAGACAAUUUCUUCAUGUUCUUUAUGUUCAAACCUUUAAGUACGUCUGUAAUUCAAACAUUUAUGAAUGGCAGGUGCUCUAAUAUACAGAAAUACUUUUUUCCCAGUACUAGAACAGAGCUACUGACUAUUGGUAGUCUUUGACAGCCCCAGAUCUUUCAGUAUAAGCAGAGUUUUUCCUUUUAUGCCUGAAGGGCAUUCUUAAUUAUCAGUUUUACUGUUUGUUGCACGCUGCACUUUCAUACAAUUUCACUUCCUCAUCUCCCUAGGUCAGUGUCUGUUCCCACCUGUAGGAAGAGACAGAUUCCAAAGGAGAGGGGAAAAAAAAAAAAAAAAAAGGAAAGAUGCCAAUAUAUCUGCAUUUUUGCAUCUUAAAUUAGCAAAUUAGAAAUUUGUAUCAAAAGACUCAAGGAUGGGUUUUUUUGUUAUCUUGUUUUGAUUAAAUUGUUGAGGAUUAAGGAAAGUCUUCUGCAGAGGAUGGUAAUUAUUUUGAAAAUUUGAACAAAUCUUUGACUUCUUUCUGAAACAAAGUUAAAUUAAGGUACUGAAAAAAAUAAGUUCUUUUAGCAUGUGUCCAUUCUAAUGCAUGCUUAUGUAUUGACAGAUAGGCAGAUGUGCUUUUCAGCAAGGUAUACUAUUCCAAAACAAGAAUUUUAACAAGAUUACAGGAAACUUAAAUUGGUUUUAGCCUUUUAAAAAAUACCUAUUUGCCAUUUGGGGUUCACUAGUGUUGUGUGUAUAUAUAUGUGAUUAAAUGCUUGUAAUGUGAGUAUUUAUUUAUAAUUAUUGAAAAUGUAUUAUGUGUAGGAAAAAUAAGAUAGUUAAAUGUCAUUUUAAAUUCGUUUAAGGAGGUACUGUAACGUCCAUGAGAAUUACAUAUCAAGCAGCGCUUGAAUUUAUUGGCGUAGAAGCCAUUAUUUAAAGUACUGGGAUCUGAACCGCAGAUCAAAAAAGUCUGCUGCAUGUCUCUCAAGCUAGUAAGAAUGUACUGUUUAUCCAUUUCUAUCAAUAAUUGUGUUCAUGGAAGUUGUUUACAUUGUUGACUUUGACUCUCCCUACCCAAAACUCCCAUCUUCACCCCCGCAAAAAAAAAAGAAGUUUUUUUUCAUUGCUAGCAAAAAGAAUGACGAAGAAAUGCUGGAUCUCCAUCUGAUAGUUGACCCCGUGGAAAACAUGAUGCAUACAAGUACUUAAUAGCUGAGAAAUUCUCUUGAAGAGUUUUGUACGCGAGUGUCGGGAAUAGUGUGCGCCCUGCAGCACUUAGCCCAGCAGGUCUGGCAGCAGCACAGCCCGUUGCCUGCCUCAGUGCACUCUGCCUGCACAUCUACAGGAUGAAGCUCAGAAAUGAUGGUGACCACUCUUGCGUACUUGAUGUCUGGAUUUUGGUUUGACACAGCUUCGUUAUACCCUUUUCUGUUUAAAUUUACUCCUGUUUUGCUCUAGGUGCAAAACAAAUUAAUGUGGAAGGCUUGACAGAUUCCUGUCCUUUGGUAAGUGGUUUUAGUUUUCUGAGUAGACAGCCCCUUGCUGCAAAUACACAUUUCAAUCCCAGUUAACUGGGAAAUUCCCCAAAAGUAAAAGAUGGAGUUUUUUAGAGGGUUUUUGGCAUUUUUAAAAGCAAAUUGAAUCACUUGGGAGAGAGCAGGCAUCCCACAUGCUGUGUGGAAAAACCCAGAAAAACAUUUAACUAGUACUGGGUUAUUUUUUUAUAUAUAUUUUACUAGAAAGAAUUUGCAUGUGAAAGACCUAUUAAUGUCAUUUUGAGUAAUCAGAAACAUCUGUGUAUUGGAUGAGUCAGUCACUCAAAGUUUUAAAACUUGAAUUUCAGUCCAAAAUUCAGUUUUAGUCCAUUUUUUCUAAAGCAAAAUGUGAAGCACAUUUUGAACAUAUGAAUUGCAUAUUUUAAAAGUGCUAAUUAAAGACUGUCUUUCAUACCUUCUCAGGAUUAGGUUCCAUAUUUCCCGACAUCAUCUCAGACGUCUAGUAUAUGAUGUUUUUAUACUUAAAAAAACUAUGAUGUAAUCUUUGUCUCACUUGAAAGUCAGAGGGAGGAGUCUUGACUUCAGUGGGUCCAGCAUUUGGGAGGAUGUUUAAGGGCUGCUGAGAAAUAAGCAGGUUUUGGUCUUUAGAGCAGCUACAUUAGAGUGGAAAGUUUUGUUGUGGGCCUUAGUGAAAACAAAAUUAACCAGGAACAGAUUUAUCUUCUUUUUUUGUAACUGUUCUUGGUGGCAAUAGGUUAGUGAUGUGUUGGGCUUUUUAUUUUUUUGACUAGCAUUUCUGCUGGUUUCCAAGUUUUCUCUUCAUAAAUACAUUUUUAAUGCUAUUGUUAGUAUGGAGGAAAAUAAUCGCCUUAGCUUUUCUAGAUACCAGUGUGAUGUGCAGUAUAAGUUAGGCAGCUGUGUCAAGUCUUUAAGCUUAUGUUGGCAUCCAUUCAGGACUGCCCAGUACCAAGUUGAUCUGUAACACUGUUGAGCUUUUUUUUUAUUAUUUACACAUUAUUUAAUUAUUUUUUAAAUCAGGCAUUUAGCAUUCUACCAGAGCUAAUAGAUAGAGAAGUUAAUUGAUCAUGACGUCCUCUCUCCGUGAUCAUAUCUAAGACUUGAUACUGAAAUACUUAAUGCUGACAAUGGCAUAAACUCAGCUAGAAAGCUGAUUUUAUUUCCCAGUGAUUUUUUUAACGUGCAACAUGACUUAAUUACUUUAGCGUGUAAAACUAAGCAGCUAAAACAUUAACUGCCAUACUAAAACUAACAGUUCCACUUUAAAAACCCUCAAGGUUCCAAGAAUUCCCAUAGUCAGUUCAAGAUUUUAAAAAAAGAAACCCAGCAUAGAAGUUAGUAUUCCUGUAGCUGAAUACUUUCUUUUCUGAAUGUCUAACCUUAUUCGUGUGAAGUUUGCUCAAAUAAAGCUUCUACGUGUCAUCUUUUUGACAAAUGUCAGGUUUUCUGUAGUUGAAAUGCCUCAUUUUUGAGUGUUUAAAUUUGUAUUUCUUACCUGUUAAUGCUGAUAUUUUGGGGGCCAAGGUGUUAGCUUUGCAGAUUUGAUUAAAAGCCCAGCAGCAUGGGAAGGGGAUUGAGAACUGCAUUUCUGUUAAUUUCUGUUCAGCUCAGCUCCAGCAUCAGACUUGAAAUACGUUUUUGGUAUUGUUGUAUGCCUGACAAACUGUCAACACCUACACUACUGUAUAUUUUAUUUAGAACACGCUGCCUGCAAGACUCAAAUCUGUUGCUACACGUACCUGUGUAAGAUAUGCUUUUACCUUGGAACUGGAACUUUAUAGCAACAUAUGAUGCCAGUUACCACUUCCUAGUACAGACUAUUGAAGUAACGUCUAAUACAGCUUGGAAGCAGAUCAGUCUGUUACUUGUAGCUUAUCUGAAGCUGAAGGAUACUACAUGUGUGCCUUUAUGAAACAGAAUUAGCGUGGGGUGCUGUGCUGAGUACGUUUUCAACAAUUGAAUGAAAUUGCACAUUGUUUGCAGCCACAUAACUGUACCGUUGGGGGUGGGGUGUGGCACACGGUUUAUUUGCUCAGCAUUUAUAUACGGAAUAAACUGCUAGAAAUCUGAAGCUAUCUGUGAUGAUCAAAACUCUUGGCAAUUGCUUAAGCGUAUUGUAUAUGUAUUUAUGUCCUUUCAUGUAUGCCUUUAUUGGCCAAAGCAUCUGUGUGCUGUGAUUUUUAAUAAAAGACUUUUGCUGUA